AUGUUGCGCCCCGCCUCGACAGCGCUUCCGUCCCACGUACCCGUUAGCCGCAGCCCUACUACACACGUCUCGUCAUCUUCUCCUUCAGAUCUGACGUCGAGUAGACGCUGGCACUCUAGUAACUGGCUGCUGCUCUUUUACGUCAUCCUAACGCUCUAUGCAGCUGCAGUGUUUUACUCGUUCGUAAUGUACCCGAAGUUUACGCCUCCUUCCGUACGUUUCCAAGAGAACCAGAAGCUUGGAGAUGUGUCAACUCUUUUGCUCUUCCGCCAUGAUAAACUGGACGCGGGUUCCGGUAGCGUCAUUCCGAUCGCGGAAGAAAAAGUGAAUGAACUGGACGUAGCCACUGACAGGACUGAGCUGGAACAGGAUGAGACGGCGAACGUUGAUUCACUCGAAAUUGAGGAAGAUGCGGACUUUGUCGAGGAGGUGGUGGGUAGAAACGCAACUUCGCGUUCUCCUGCUAGUGCCAAGCCGUCCGCGAUGGCGUCGACAGCACCCUUUGUUUCCUUGGGCCCGGUUGAUUUGCAAGGCAGUGGAGCUUUGAACGCUCCCAUGCUAGUAGAUGGUACAGUCGAUUUACCGUCCAACCAACCGCACAGGAUCCGGAAUUUGAAGUGUGUAGGAUGGCGCCAAACUGGAGAUUGUAGCGCAUCUGGCACGCAUGAACCAACAUUGGACAUGGAUUGCAAUCAGAGUCUUCACGCUGGUCUUUCUGGGUAUUGUGAGAUGCUGGACAAAGAUACAGGCGAAUCUAUCCGCGUCAUGGAACUCAACUGUUCGACUUUGCGUGACCGUGUAGUGUUUUCGUGUGCACAAGCCACCGAAUUCCCUAAUAUUGGACUCCUGGCCCAGAAUGUUUACGAAAAUGCUUUGGCUCAAAAUACAACGGACCCAUCGAAACUGCUUGGAAACCUUGGCACCGGCGACGGCGUCGUCAUGGUCGUGUACCCGAAACUGGCAGCAAGUGUAUUUGCGUCGGUCAACGUCUUACGAUCGUAUAAUUGCACACUGCCAAUUGAGCUAUGGAUUUUGCAAUCUGAAGCGACGCACACUCCAAGCAUGGGCGCAGCUUUGAAAGCGUUGCAGCAGCGGUUUUCGGAUGUGACAGUGGAAACCAUAAUCGAUCCGACAAUUGUGAGGUUUUCCACUAAAAUUUACGCUAUUCAACACAGCAAGUUCGAGAAUGUAUUGUUUCUUGACGCUGACAAUGUGCCUGUGCGUGACCCAACGUUUCUGUUCAGUAGUCAAGAAUAUCUCGAGCACGGUGCUGUCUUUUGGCCGGACUUCUGGCACCCGGAUAAUACCAUGUUCGGCAUCCACCGCAAGUCUUUGUUGUGGACAUUGGUCGACCUUCCAUUUGUUGACAUGUUUGAGCAAGAGAGUGGGCAAAUACUCAUCAAUCGGAAGCGGGCUGCGCUCGCACUUGAGGUGCUUGCGUUUUUUGCGUCACAUUACCCCAACUACUUCAACCGCCUCAACCUGGCCUAUGGCGACAAGGAUCUCUACCGACUGGCCUGGAUGAAAGCACACGCGUCCUUUUAUAUGAUGCCAUUCCUACCUGCUUCGGCAGGUUCUGUGUUGGGAACGAACUCGAAAAUCUUCUGUGGCAUGACUAUGGUCCAGUUUGACUUCGAUGGCGAUGUACUAUUCCUUCAUCGCAACGCCAAAAAGCUUGGCAGUUCGGUCGAUCAUCAUGAUUCGCCGUUAUGGACCCAUUUGCAGACGUUCAAGUGGGAGCGACCGUUAGCAGGUGACGAUGAUGCCACUACAUCGAAUCUGACGGCAGUGCAGCGCAUGCGAAGUUACGAGGACGUGAAGCAGAUGUUUCGCAUUACUUUCCGAGGGAAAGACAAACGUUUCAAGGAGAUUGAUUUUUGCUACGGCGCAACCCUUGACUUUGUGGAGAACUUUGAACUUACUAGGUUUGAAGACUUACCCUUCGCUAACUUAGAGCAGGAGCUAAUCGGUUAUGCACACGAGGCUCAACUCUUGAUGGCUUAG